AUGCCUACCUUCACCUCGGCCGUCCCCACCGUGACCAUGGCAGAGCUCAGCUUCCCUCUGCCGUCUGUGAUGCUCGUCACAAUCAACAGGGAGAGAGCCAUGAAUGCAAUCCCAACGGCAGGCCAUUGGGAGGGGCAGGCAAUUUGGGACUGGUUUGAUGCUGAACCUUCUCUCACAGUCGCCGUUCUCACCGGAAAAGGACGCAAGUCAUUUUCAGCCGGGGCCGAUUUGAUGGAGGUCCGAUCUAGGACUUCAGACAAGAGCCUCUCGCCUCACUAUAUGCCACCGGGUGGAUUCUUUGGCAUAAGUCGGCGAGUCGGCAAGAAGCCUGUUAUCGCGGCCGUGAAUGGAUUUGCUCUCGGUGGUGGAUUCGAAAUUGCACUUAAUUGUGAUCUGGUCAUCGCCUCGCCAACUGCUACUUUUGGUCUGACGGAGGUGAAGAGAGGUCUCUACGCGGCCGCUGGCGGUCUUCCACGACUUGUUAGGGUGUUAGGGAUGCAGCUGGCCUCGGACCUUGCACUCACGGGAAGGACACUGACAGCCGAGGAGUUGAGACACUUUGGGUUCUUGAGGGUGGCCAACAGCCAGGAUUCCCUAUUGGAAGAGGCCAUUCAAACCGCUCAAGAAAUUGCCUCCCAGUCGCCCGAUGCAGUCAUUGUCACUCGAGCAGCACUUCGAGAUUCUUGGGAGACUGCAAGUGUUGAAAGGUCAAGCCAACUAAUCGAGCAACGGUAUAAGAAGGCUUUAUUGGAAGGGAAAAAUCUAAAAAUCGGCUUAGAAGCGUUUGCUAAGAAAGAAAAACCCAACUGGGUUCCAUCACAGUUAUAG